AAUAUUAACAUGUAGUUCAUUCUACAAGGAAAGCUAAUAUUAUAAUAACAAAACAAACAACACUCCACUACUUGGCAAAUACUAAUAAACACGUGUUUCCAUUAUCUAAUGAAAGAAAAUGCUGCAAUUUGUUGUUAAAUACAAAGGGUAACAUUAUCAACAGAAAGGUACUCGCACAUCGCAAUAAAGCGUUCAUAAUUAUCAUUAGUAAGUAGCGUACGAGUAUUUGUAAAACAAAUCUUGCUAUCAAAGGGAGAACUAUAAUUAUCACCGACUUGAGUACCUAAUUGAUAUCGAACUAGCUAAUCAGUCAAUAAUGUGCCGGCACACAAUACAACACUCGAAAGAGUAGUGAUAGAUAAGCAGUUCAUAACAUACCACAACACGAUGGCAGAAGAAAAGAAUAAAUCUACAGAAAAAUUAGAAGAUGAUCCAUUACGACAGCCAAAAAAUGAACAGUUCAAAGAAAAAACAUUUCAAGAAAAGCUUGCAUAUAUUAAAGACAACAUAACAGUUGAACCUAUGUUAGCAGGACUUAUUAUACCAAGCGUGAUCUCCAGGUUUGCAAUGGGAAAUUUUAAUUUAGACAAAGCUUGCAGAGUCAACAAAGGGUUCGGUGACGAAAUCUGUGACGCGCUGAUAAAGAAAACCAGCAAUAACUACACAUUUUACGAACAAGAGGUACAGAAACUGAUCUCGUCUAUCGACAUUUGGAGAGGACUGGUGCAAACAGCGAUUCCGUGUAUGAUCAUAAUAUUUUUAGGAGCCUGGAGUGACAGAACAGGAAAACGGAAAAUAUGUAUAUUGCUCCCCAUUCUCGGAGAAAUACUGACGUCUAUCAGCAACCUGAUCAAUGUAUACUUCUUCUACGAAAUCCCGGUUGAAAUUACUGUGUUGAUGGAAACUAUAUUCCCCGCAUUUACCGGGAGUUGGGUGACUAUGUUUCUUGGCGUAUUCAGUUAUAUCAGUGACAUCACUUCAGUGGAAACGAGGACUUUUCGAGUGGGUCUUGUUAACUUCUGUAUGACAGCUGGUCUCCCUCUUGGGAUCGGUAUAAGUGGAUACCUAUUGAAGAACAUGGGAUACUACGGUAUUUUCAGUGUGACUUUGGUGGCGUUCAUUGUAAUUCUUGCAUACGGAUGUAUUUGCUUGAAAGAGCCCGAACAGUGGUUACGAGACAAAGGCCUUCCUGUGAUUGAACGAGAAAAGCAAGGACACGUGUCUUUCUUCGAUGUAACGCAUGUUUCUGACACAGUGGUUGUGGCCUAUCGGCAACGCGAAAGCAACGGAAGAACGAAAGUUCUACUCACUCUGUUCUGCGUAUUCAUACUUUACGGACCUAGCAUGUCGGAACACUCGGUAUUUUACCUGUACUUGAGAAACCAACUCAACUGGGACAUGGUGAAAUACGGGGUCUUCACCAGCUACUCCAUCGUGUUGCAUUCUAUUGGUGCAAUGUUCACAAUAACAGUACUCAGCAAGAAGCUUCAGGUCGAAGACUCGUUGCUCUGCAACAUCUCCAUCAUGAGCAAGUUCGUCGGCUCCAUUUGGGUUGCUUUCGUAACUACUGAUAUCGAGAUGUAUCUGGUUCCUGUCGUCGAGUUUUUCAACGCGACUACCUUCACAUCGCUGCGGUCCAUUAUUUCGAAAUUGGUGGAAAAAGAUGAGACAGCGAAAGUAAACUCGCUGUUCUCCCUCACGGAAACAGUAGCCGCGCUGGUGUUCCACCCGCUCUACACGUGGAUCUACAUGCGGACUCUGAACGUGUUCCCUGGAACCGUCUUUAUCAUGAGUGCUGCGUUCAUCAUACCAGCCGUUAUCGUGCUGCUAAUUUUCUAUGUCAAGAUCAAAACGGAAUCUAAGAGUGCAAGAAAAAUCGCUUUCGAAGCACAAGAGAAAAGAGAUGCUGAAGUGAAAAAAACAGAGCCUCUGGACUUUUUGAGGCCCAAUAUAGAACCAAUUGAAAAUGCAGAAGUUAUAAAGUAACUCUGGGUUUAACUCACACUCGAAAGAAGUGAUUGAGCAUAAUAAUGGACAGUUAUGUUUGAAUAGCUCUUACCUAAGUAUUGAUUCUAAACAUGUACGCAGAUGCAAAUGUUAAACUGUCAAGAACAUUUUAAAUUUGAACAUGACGAACGUUUAGGACGUCAUAUCCUGGAAAAUGUGUUCAACCCCAAACAAGUCAAGGGUUAGGUACUCAAAAUUUACCUAAGUACACACUGCAUAAAAAUAUGGCAUAUAGGUAUGUUCAGUUUAGGGCUUGAUCAACUUUUUUUUCUAUAAGACAUUUAUUUCAGUUUAAUUUAAAUCAGUAUUAUAUAAGAAUUUGUACAAAAUAAUUCAUUAGCUGUAGUACCAUUGUUAACCAGAGCAUCUGCUGGUCUGCUGUCAAAUUUAUUUACCAAUAUUUGAAAUAUUUAGGGACCUAUGGACGAAUUGAAACAAGAAGUAUGUAAUUACCACAUAAGAACCUUUAUCAUUUACCCAAUUAUUCAUUCAUUCAUCCAUUUAUUCAUACUUACCUGUAACCAUGGUGAUUUUAAACAACAAUAGGUAACUUAAUCCUAUGGCUUUAUUAGUGAAGGAAGCUUCAAGUAACGUAAAACAUCUUUGUUACCUUAGAAAUAAGGAUGUGUGCCGAUAUAUAUGGCCCUUUUGGUCGUCAUAAGUAUGUAUUUGAUGUUGACUGCAACAUGAAAAGUGAAAAUAAAAUGUAUAUGUAGGUAGGAAUAAAAAUGUGAGAAUAUUAUUAUUUAAGAAUAUUUUUUUAAUUAUUCAUUUUUAAUCUCGACCUGAAUAUAAAGUAGAAGAGUUGGCUUCAAUUACUUCGAAGACUGAUAUUGAAAGUAUUCAAAAGUAUUCUUUGUAGUUUUUUAUUGGUUGAUUAGAGCAUUAGAAUAUGGAUUUCACCCGUCUCACUUUUGUGGUCGAAAUAGGUAGCUAAUUAGAUAAUUUUAUUGGGUUUUAGGGCCCUGUACUUCUGGCAGAAAACCAGAGAUGCCAGCAAAAUUAAUGUGUUUUUAAUAAUAAUUACAAAAUGGUUUCCACAAAAGUGAGGUGGUUAAAAAAAAAAAAAAAAAAAAAUUUUGUCACAAAAAUGUAUGUUAUUAUGUUAUUGUCGUGAGUUAGAAAUUAAAUGUUUGAGAAACCUUUUUGAAGUUGUCAUUCCAAUGACCGAAAAUACUUUAGUGUCAUGAA